GUGGAAAAUAAAUCUUAAAGUAAAUUGCCUCCUUUUGCACAUUUAGUUACUUUUGAAAAAUGAGCACAUUCGACGUUGAGGAAAUGCUGCAGCAGCUAAAGAACCGAGAGGCAACAGAUAGGUACUCUGCAACAGCAUCAAUUAGUUUUCUGCAGUGGACGUACCUUUUUCCAGUGUCAAGGGUCGCAGGCUUGGUGCUGGGCAUUUCUUUGGUUGCAAUAUUGAGCAUCGUAUGUGCGGCACUUUCGCCCAAGCCACGCAUGCGCAUCCAGGAAGGGUUAGAAAAAGCCAAGGCUGGUGUCUUAACGAGUUGUCUUACGACGAGGACAUUUACUCUUUUAAUAGUUGUGUGGAUCGCCUUGAUAGGGCUCAGCACGGUCUUUUCUCUCAUGAAGAUGGCUGCAGUGCAAAUGAACUCGAGCAGCACAAGCCAGGUCCUGCCAAAGGAACUAUGGGGAUGGUUAAUGACGCCUCCUAUCCUACUUUUUAUCUCUAAAUUUUUUGGCGCCCUCGCAGUGUGGCUCUAUGCAUUGCUGCUAGGCGGGUUCCUUGAAAUUGGCGUUGCGGCAUCUUUGCCCGUGUGUUUGCCUGCCUUUUACGAGUCCCUCUGUUUAUCUGGAAAGGAACCGGACAGGAGCGCGCUGUGGGUCACACACGCAGUGUUCUUUAUGAGCUUGUUCGUGACAUGUUGCAUGGGUGUCCCGUGGCUAACGAGAGAACUCCGCUUAUCCGUGCAUCAAAUCCAAGGGUAUGCAGCGCAUGUGUCGUAUUACAACCGCCAGGAAUAUAAAGAGUUAAAAAAAUAUAAGCAAAUGGUAUCAAAGAAAAAAGCAUAACUGAAUUUAAACAAUGGCUGA